UGAGCCACAUAAUCAUCCUAUACACAGAAACUUUAAUAAACUAUAAAGUGCCUACGUGCAUACUACUACUGCUAACACGUGAGUGAAUGAAUGAAUGAAUGAAUGAAUGAAUGGCCCAUUCCGCGCCCUCUCCAAACACUCUCCCUCCCCGCCACUCCCUCUCUCCCUCCUCCGCCAUGCCCACCACCUGUUCGACCAAACUCCCACGAGAACCCCUCCCUCCUACAACUCCCUCAUCCGCGCCUAUGUCCAAUCCCAUCUCCCCCACCACGCCAUGCGCCUUUUCGCCCACAUGGUCUCCUCAGGACUUCGCCCCGACCACUUCACCUUCCCCUUCGCCCUCAAGGCGUGCGGCGACCUCCCGCUCCCCAAGCUGGGCGCUGCGGUCCACCGCACGGUUUUGGCGUCCGGGUUCGGCUCGGACGCCUACGUUCGGAACGCUUUGAUCGCCAUGUACAUGAAUUGUCGGGACAAGGACGCCGCCGCCAAGGUGUUCGAUGAAAUGGCUAACCGGAGCGUCGUGUCGUGGAACACCAUGAUCUCGGGGUGUUUUCGGAACGGGUGCGCGGACGAGGCGUUGGCGGUGUUCGAUCGGAUGGUGGUGGGCGGUGGCGUCGAGAUCGAUCGCGCCACGGUGGUGUCGGUGUUGCCGGCGUGUGCUCACCUGAGGGAUUUGGGUAGAGGGCGGAGGGUGAAUAAGUUGGUUGAUGAGCUUGGUUUGGGGGCUUACGUUCCGGUGAGGAAUUCUUUGAUUGACAUGUAUGCAAAGUGCGGGGAUUUGCGAGAGGCGCGGAGGGUGUUCGAGGAUGGAAAGUUUGAGAGGGAUGUUGUUUCGUGGACGGCGAUGAUAGGUGGAUACGUUCAUAACGGAUCUCCGAAUGAAGCUUUAGCUCUCUCUUACCGUAUGCUGCAAUUGGGUGUGAGACCAAAUGCGGUGACGAUGGCGUCUCUGCUCUCGGCUUGUACUUCCUUGGCUUCUAUUUUUCACGGCAAGUGCAUUCACGCGCUAUUGAUUAGGCUGAGGCUCGAGUCGGACAUUAUUGUGGAGACCGCGCUUAUCGACAUGUACGCGAAAUCCGAUAACGUGGAAUUGGGUCUUAAGGUGUUUGAUAAGGGCUCGAGAAGAACUGCAACAUGGAAUGCUAUUAUAUCGGGGAAUGCUCGAAAUGGGGAACCAAUAAGUGCUAUAAGACACUUCAAGCUAAUGCUGGAAGAAGCUGUGAGGCCGGAUUUAGCUACAAUUGCAAGCCUCCUCCCGGCCUAUGCAGAGGCCGCAGAUUUGCAACGAGCGGGAAAUAUACAUUGCUGCUUAUUAAAAACAGGUUUUCUUCAAAGUAUGGAGGCAACCACCGGUUUAAUCGAUAUCUAUGCCAAGGCUGGGAACUUGGACGCAGCGUGGGUGCUCUUCCAUGGAUUAAGAGUAAAGGAUUUUGUUGCGUGGAGUGCUAUCAUCGCCGGAUAUGGGAUGCAUGGGCAUGCCAGGGUGGCUCUUUUGCUUUUAAAUAGGAUGGUCGAGUCGGGCAUCGAACCUAAUGAAGUGACGUUCACUUCUCUGUUGUAUUCUUGUAGCCACGCGGGUUUGAUCGACGAGGGUGUCCGACUGUUUGAUAGAAUGAUCAAAGUGCACCGCUUGAAACCCAACGUCGAUCAUUAUGCCUGUGUCGUUGAUCUUCUAGGCCGAGCGGGGCGGCUCGAGGAAGCUUACGGGCUUAUCAGAGAGAUGCCAUUCGAGCCCAAUUAUGCGGUAUGGGGCGCUCUACUUGGCGGCUGCGUGACGUAUGCAAAUGUGGAAUUGGGAGAGUUGGCCGCAAAGCAUUUGUUUGAGAUCGAGCCUGAGAAUACCGGGAAUUACGUGCUGUUGGGGAACAUAUAUGCGGCACUAGGCAGGUGGCAAGAUGUUGCGACUGUUAGGAAAAUGAUGGUUGGGAGAGGCUUAGUUAAAGAUGCAGGAUGCAGCUUAAUUGAAGCUAGCGGUGCAUGACCCAUAAGAGAAAUGGAGAAACGAGGAUAGUGCAUAGUUGCAGUUUGUAAUUAUUCUUUCCGUUAAGUUGUACUUGUCCUGGAGGAAGAAAGAGUUGAGAUUGCGGUGAAAAAUAUCGAAUGUAUUUUCGCUUCACUGUUUUCUUAGCAGUUGGUGUAUUGUGCACAUUUAGACAAUGGAGCAACUGAGAACUGAAGCAAGAUACAUGUAUUAUCAAACCAAAUGAUAUUUACAGUGUUCUGCUUAUUUUUCUUCAA